UAUCAGUAGCGAGAUUUGAUAGUGAGAAGAUAUAGUUAUUCCUUCUCGUAUAGUAUAAAUAUUUCUUGAUAACUUCAAUUCGCUAUAGUGUAAAAAAAACUUCAACCAUGGCAAACUUAACAAUUUUUGUGCUAUUGAUUUUCACUUUCACGUUAUCAUUAGCUAAUAGAAAAAUAAGUCCACGUUUGGUUGGCGGUUCUCAGGCACACGCAGAACAAUUUCCCUAUCAAGUUACUCUCUUCGAAUUAGCUACUGGACAUAUUUGCGGUGGUUCUAUUUUAAAUGAAAAAUGGAUUUUAACAGCAGCACGCUGUGUUCGAGGGAGGCAUCCAACUUCUUUUUACGUAGGAGCUGGAAUUACUAAUUGGAGUGAUUUAUAUAAUUCGUUUUAUAUGAUUGAAAAAAUAAUCGUAGAUGACUCACAGAAUAUUGCACUUAUUAAACUUCAAGACACAUUAACCUUUUCUACAAAAUUAAAUAAAAUUGAUCUUCCACUUAAAAAUUUAAAUACUGCCGACACCCCGGUAGUUAUAUCUGGAUGGGGAUCAACAUUCAAGGAAGGAAAAACUUCUAAGAAAUUGUUAUUUUUACAAAGUAAAAUUUUUGAUCUGAACACCUGUAAGAACCGUAUGUCUGAAAUUAAAGAUUUGCCUCCAGUAACAGAUGAGAAUCUUUGUACAUUUACAAGAGAAGGGGAAGGUUCAUGUAACGGAGAUACGGGCAAUCCAGUAGUUUUUGGAGAUUAUCAAGUGGGAGUUGUCUUACAUGGUUACCCAUGUGCAAAAGGAUAUCCAGAUAUAAGUGCCAACGUAUGGAAUUAUAUUAAAUGGAUAAAGAAUACCAUCAAUGAACAAUAAAAUGAAAUUUAAAUUAUUUAUGUAGUUACUCUUUCAAUAACUAAUGUGAACAGCUAGUAUAAUAAAGAUGAAAAAAAUUUAAUUACCUAUUAUAAAAAUACAUUAUCUUUAAAGAAACUUAAAGCAAAACCGAAUCUGAAACUUGUAAAACCAGCGGUACUAUGUAUUUGUUAAUUAAGGGUUGUUUAAACAAAGCUAUGUGUAAACAUUAAUUAAAGUAGUAAUGGAAUAAAAUUAUCAAUUCACCCAA